AGAGGCCAUUGAACGAACCAAGUGUCCUAUAGUAUAACGUUUACAAUAACGUAUGGAAAACGGAUCAGUCGAUUCAGAGAAACCUUUCGUCCUCUUGGGUGGUUAGCUAACUAACUAGCUAGCCAGCUAGCUAAGUCACCAGCGUUGUAUCCAUUUUUUCUAUUUUGUACAUACAUUGUUUUGUAUAUACUGUAUAUGAUGACUUCAGUAGUCAGCAAUCAAGCCCGAGGGACGCGGGACGGAACGGCGUCCACGACCACACAGACAACACAGCCACAAAAGGCCAAACAGGCCACAGCAGAACAGAUUCGCUUAGCCCAAGUGAUCUACGACAAAAAUGAUACGGAUUUUGAAGACAAAGUCAAACAGCUGAUUGAGGUAACUGGGAAAGCUCCGGAUGAGUGUGUGGUUGCCCUCCAUGACUGCAGCGAAGAUGUAAAUAAAGCCAUCAACUUUCUGCUGGAGAGCACCUCUGACACAAACUCCUGGGAGACUGUGGGGAAGAAGCGUACCCUGGGAAAAGAAGGAGGACCUUUAGAGAUAAAGGAGAGCAGGGAGAAGAAAGGAGAGAGGGAGGCUAGUCGCGCACGUGGAGCGUCCAACAGGAGGGGACGAGGCAUCAGCCGAGGGCGCGAAGGCCGGUUAGAGGAGAAUGGGUUCGAGGUGGCUCCUGGAGAGAGAGGGGGAGACCGUGGACGAAGAGGGCGGGGCAGAGGGGCUGGAGUUCGUGGUAGAGGAAGGGCAGCUGCUGGCAACAGGUUCUCUUCCCAGGGAAUGGGCAUCUUCAAUCCUGCUGACUACUCGGCCAACUCCCGAGCUCGCCAGGAUGCAUGGGAGGGCAAUGACACUGCUGAGGGAACUGGAACAUGGGAAGGCAAUGUGGAGGACUGGGCCGCAGAGGAAUGGAAUGAGGACUUGUCUGAGACCAAAGUAUUCACUGCUUCCUCUCCUCCAGCGAAUCACAACACACCUGGAUCCAAUGUGGAUGUGGCUUCAGGGAUUUCUAUGGACUCUGACAUUGAAGCUGUAGUUGAUGGACCCUCAGCUGAGCAUUUGGGCCAAAGUCUGGUGUUUACCAAUUCCCACCACAAUGGACGCACUGCAACACACAGCUACGCACACGCCACAGCCAACAGCUAUGCCCAUGCUGCCUCUGCUAGUACCCACUAUGCACAUGCUGCACUGUCUUCAGUUCUAGGUUCUGGUUUUGGGUCCUUAAAUGCGCCUAAGCCAACACCUACCUCCGACAUCAGGACAUCAGAGCAGCUCGGUCCGCGGCUCGGGCAGAGGGCCAGUCAGAUGUUGGGCAACGGCAGCAACAUUAGUGUUUCCAAAGAUACGGGGGGGACGCUGAUUCAGAACCCUGUUCCAGCGUUCUCUCCAGCUCAAGAAGUCAAAGCUCGGAGAGUGGAGGCUGGCCCUGUUACUGCCCAACAUAUGGAUAUGAAGCUUCAACCCGAGCCAUCAGCCGUGCUUGGCCAGCUGGCUCAGCGGCAACAGUCCUCCAUCCUUCCCACGACGGAUUCUCUGGGCCUGUCUCGUGCUCCACAGGUGCCGACACCACCAGGCCAUGAGUCCUCCUUCCCUCCUUUACGAGAUGGAGCUUCUCCAAGAGGGAAGAUGGCCUUCAUGGAUAAUUCUAUCACAGAACCCCCUCACCGGCAGCUAAAGACUCAGAGACGCAAAGUACCUCCUUCCUCAAAGAUCCCUUCGUCAGCAGUGGAGAUGCCGGGCUCUGCUGAUAUACCUGGCCUGAAUGUUCAGUUUGGGGCUCUUGACUUUGGGUCUGAGGCUGGUAGUGGAAGUGUAGACGUGGCACAUACAGAGCCGGCCAGGGAAAACGCCCCGACUCAGGGCUCCGCUUCUGUACCCAUGCCCGUUUCUACACAGCAGCCACAGAGCAGCCUGUUCUCCAAGCCAGGACCUGUGAGUGAACACAUGAACAGCUUACCAAUGGCUGUAUCAGAUCCCAGCUUCCCCUCACCAUCCUUGGGUCUGCCUAGUGCCACGCCCUCCCCCUCCAUGGGUCUUCCCAGUGCAGCCGCACCACCCUCUUCUAUAGCCAGCCGCGUGGAGAGCAGUGGUCCAAGGUCCCUGCCAGCUCAUCUGGGCUUCUCUCAGACCAAAGAUGCCACCUCAGCUGCUGCCCUCACGAAUGGCUACAGUGGCAUGAAGACACAGAGCACACAGGACACGUCUAGAACAAUCAAAACAGAGUCUCCCGUGAUGACGAGUGACGCUGGCCACCACAUCCCCUCUCCUGCACUUACACCAUCCCACUCAACGUCCAUCCCCUCGCUCAGCAGUCAUGUGACCAGUGCCCACUCAGCAGGCUCCGCUCUCGCCACAAGCUCCUCCCACACGAUGAGCAACGUAGAGCACAUCAGUGGCAACCUCCAUGCCUUUUCGUCGUCGUCCAGCCAAGUUGUUGAUUCAAGUCCUUCAGCUCACCUGGCCAUUAGCGGCUCAAUCCCCAAUGGUCUGCACCCAUCUGGAGCACCUGGAUUAACUCCUAAUGGGACGAACCCCCAACUCUCUGCUGCAAGCAGCCGCACGGCACCCCUGCUCACCACAACUUCUGGUAAAGCUCCUCCCAACUUGGCCCAAGGAGUGCCACCUCUCUUGGCCAAUCAGUACAUCAUGGGCCCUGGUGGCUUGCUCCCUGCUUACCCGCAGAUCUACGGAUACGAGGAUUUGCAAAUGCUGCAGUCUCGCCUUCCUAUCGAUUAUUAUGGUAUAACAUUCCCUGGUACUACAGCUGCAAUGCCUGGAAGAGAGAGCCUGGCCAAUAAUCCAUAUUCUGGUGAAGCAACAAAGUUUGGCAGGAAUGAUUCGUCAUCUCCAGCUCCCCAAACCAGCAUGUCUGCAGCCGGGGUGCAGCCUCAGCCCCAACAAGCACCACAGGCAGGAACACAGGGGCAAGGCCAGGGGCAGCAAACACAGAACCAGGCCUUCCUCAACCCCCCUCUGCCCCCAGGCUACGGAUACACAGGUCUGCCGUACUAUGCUGGUGUCCCGGGGGUUCCCUCAGCCUUCCAGUAUGGCCCGACCGUCUUUGUGCCUCCUGCUUCUGCCAAACAACCUACAAUGGGCCUGGCCAAUCCUUCCAAUCAGUAUCACCAACAGCAUCAGCCCAGUUACGGACAGCAUGCAUAUGGCGCAGCCUUUGAUGACCUGUCUCAAGCCCACGGUGGGGAGUACAGUAAGGGAGGGUACGGAGGCUCUGCCCAGUCACAGGCCAAGUCAGCGGGCAGCGGCCCAGGGAAAGCACCAGGACUGUCAGGGUCUGGUACCAGUGGAGGAGUAUCUGACAUGGGAGCCUCAAUCUACAGCAAAACUCAAUCCUUUGACAAGCAGGGCUUUCACACAGGGACACCACCUCCCUUCAACCUGCCUUCGGCGCUGGGGGGAGGAGGGCCCCUGAACCCUGGUGGUGCUCCCGGAUAUGCCCCUACUCCCUUCCUGCACAUCCUGCCACCGCACCAACAGCCCCACUCUCAGCUGCUGCACCAUCACCUGGCGCCGGACGGACAGGGUGGUCCUGGUCAGCGCAAUCAGUCCAGCAGCAUGCAGCAGAAGACCCAAGGCAGCAAGUCCAGCUAUGGCAGCUCCCCCUACUGGGCCAACUGAGGAAUGCUUCCCAACCCUCACUCCCCCAAAAGGCUGUGUGUAGGCGUGUAAAGCUAAAACAAAAAGAGACACACUACCCUCACAAUGAGCACCCCGGGCCUCUGCGCCCUGCUCCCCCACCUCCACUAGUCCUCAUCCUCAAGUCUUUUGGGUUCUCUUCCCCCCUUUUCAAAAUUGGUUGUACAUGGAAGAUAUUUAUGUAUAUUCAUAUAUAUAUAUUCAUGUACUGUAUAUGUAAUGUAGAUCAUGAAAUGUGGUUGCUGCAUUUUAUUUUUGAAGGACUUUUGGUUUACUUUUUCAAAACUGCAGGAAAAGAUGUUCCAUUAAGAUAACAAUGAUAGAGUGAUUUAAAUAAAAUAAAAUCUAAAACCUCCCUUAAACAAGAAAAGUAAGAGCUAUAGCACUGAUUGUGAAUGAGGACAUUUCAGAUGAUGGGGGUGGGGGUUUAUAACAACUAAUUGCAUCUGUUUUGUCUUUUUUUUUUUUUUUUUUUUAUACAUAACAGGCUCAUCCCCUAAACUUCAUUUUGUAUCUCCCUAUUUCCCCUUAUUGACUCUCUCCCUUCUAGAGGGCUGCUGACUCCUUGUGUCAACCCUUUACCUUUAAAGACAGACUUGCCCAUCUAAAUUUUAUAUUUUUAUUUUUAUUUUAACCCGGAUUUCCCUUGAAAUAAAAGUUCUGAGCAGAUGGAA